CACGCGCUCUCCCCCAGCGCGUCAGAUCCGCCUCCCUGCUACUCGACCCCACCACCCACUUUGCCGAUCCGUCUGCAUCAAGGUGGCGCGUGAAUGCAACUCCCCAACAAGAAACUACCUAUCCGUAAAAACCAUCACCUUAAGAGCACAAAAAUAAAAUAAAGUCGAACAAAAAUUCAACACGUGGAAGAGGACGUCCCUGAUUGGUCUGUCAGCUAAAUUUUAUCACAGGCGGUUUCAGUUUGGCUUUCGUUUUCGUCGGACUAAGAUAGACUUGAAGCAGAGGGAAAACUCAGUCACUCAAUACAAUCAUAACUACUUUCCCCUAGUCCAUAUCCCUCGCUCCAGAUGACUCUCUAACUAAAAGCCACUCAUUUUCCUUAUUAUUUACCGCAAUGCCAUCCCUUCCCGAACCUCCGCCACCGCUCACCCAUCACCACCACCGCCACCUCCUCAUUCCACUCCUCACCGUAGCCCUAACCCUCACCCUCCUCUCCAUCCUCGUCUUCAUUGUCUUCCUCUACCGCAAGCUCUCCAGAAGCCGCACAACCCCGUUCGAUCACCAAAAUAGCAACCCCACCACCGCCGCCGCCGUCGAUAGUAACAAUGGCAACAGUAACCAGCAGCAGCGGAGGUACUCGUACUCUCUUCUCCGGCGCGCCACCGGUUCGUUCUCGGCUUCGAACCGGCUCGGCCACGGCGGGUUCGGCUCGGUGUACAAGGCCACGCUCCCUUCCGGCCAGUCCCUCGCCGUGAAAGUGAUGGACUCCGAGGGGUCUCUACAAGGCGAGCGAGAGUUCCAUAAUGAACUCUCUCUGGCCUUGAACCUCAGCAAUCCACACAUACUAUCUCUGCUCGGCUUCUCCACCGACCGCCGUGGCCGGAAACUGUGUCUGGUGUACGAGCUCAUGCCGAAUCGGAGCCUCCAGGAGGCUCUGCUGGACCGGAAGUGUCCGGAGCUCAUGGUGUGGAAGAAGAGAUUCAGUGUGGUGCUGGAUGUUGCGAGAGGACUGGAGUAUUUGCACAACGACUGUGACCCGCCGGUGAUUCACGGCGACGUGAAGCCCAGCAAUGUGCUGCUGGACUCGGAUUUCAUUGCCAAGAUUGGGGAUUUCGGACUGGCGAGGCUGAAAACAGAGGGGGAGUUGGAUCAGGGAGAUCAGGUGGUGGUGGUGGAGGAAGGAGAUGAGGGAGAGAGUGAGAAAAAAGAGGUUCUUGAAGUGGCUGUGGCCGUUGGGGAUGAUAAUGGUUCGAUCGUGGAAGAGGAGAGCAUGAGUUUGAGUGUGGUGACCGGUGGAUUGGAAGAUGGCCGGUCGCCGGAUUGCUGUGUGGUGAGGAUUUCGGAUUCGGAGGCGUCUCCGGUGGCGGCAGCGGCGGGUUUGUCGCCGGAAGGGGGUUUUGAUAAGUUUAGUAUUGACAGUGAGAAGGAAAUGGUUAGUGGGAAGAGGAUGAAGGGAAGUUCGGGGAGGGAUUGGUGGUGGAAGCAGGACAAUGGUGGAGGAGGAGGGUCUGAGUCCGGGAGGGUUAAGGACUAUGUAAUGGAGUGGAUUGGGAGUGAGAUUAAGAAAGAGAGGCCGAAAAGCGAAUGGGUUGCUUCUCCGAGCACCAACAGUGAGCCCAAGAAGCGGAGGAAGAAAUUGGAAUGGUGGGUGUCUUUGGAUGAGGACAAGGUUAAGAAGAAGGAGAAGGCUAGGAAGCCGAGGGAGUGGUGGAAGGAGGAGUUCUGCGAGGAGCUUAGUAAGAAAAAGAAGAAGAAGAAGAGGGGAUUCGAUUCGGGUUGUGGUGGAGAAUUGUGGUGGCAGAAGGAUGAGGAGGAUUUGGGGUCGGAGAGGAAGAAGAGGAAGAGUAAGAGCAAGAGUAGUAGAGGUAGCAUUGAUUGGUGGUUAGAUGGAUUUGGAAGUGAGCUCAGAAGUGGGCGGAGGAAUAGUCAGGACUGGGCUAGUUGCGGCGGGGGUGAUAUACCGAAGAGUGGUGGCAUUAGUAGCACACCGAGCAUGAGAGGCACGGUUUGUUAUGUUGCUCCUGAAUAUGGUGGUGGAGGGCAGCUCUCUGAGAAAUGUGAUGUGUAUAGCUUCGGGGUUCUGGUUUUGGUCUUGAUUUCGGGGCGGAGGCCGCUACAAGUAACAGCCUCCCCCAUGUCGGAGUUUGAGAGGGCCAAUCUGAUUUCAUGGGCUCGGCAACUUGCUCGAAAUGGGAAGCUUUUGGACCUUGUAGACCAGUCUAUACAUUCUUUGGACAAGGAAGAGGCAUUGCUCUGUAUCACAAUUGCAUUGCUAUGCCUGCAAAGAACACCAGGCAAACGGCCAACCAUGAAGGAAAUUGUAGGGAUGUUAACGGGUGAAGCCGAGCCGCCCCAUUUGCCUUUCGAGUUCUCACCAUCGCCGCCUUCCAAUUUUCCGUUCAAGUCCCGGAAAAAGGCCCGGACUAAAACUAGAGCCAACACCAUUGACAUGAAGACCCGAGAGGCUCCAAACGGCAGCUGAUUGGAACUCUGCCAUCAGGCCACCUCCAGCAGGCGCAGCAGCUGGGUUUGAUCCAUCUCGUCAUCGCCGACGUUUCUCUUUCCUCGGCUGGUAUGGUUGCUGGUUGUGGAGAGAGAAUCGGACCUCGAAAAUCUUGGGUUCUCCUGCAGUUUCUGUACAAAUUCCGGCUGCUCCGGCAAUGUUUUGAGGUGCAUAAGAUAUGAAAGUUGAUCUGCUCUUCGUGUUCUACAUGCUAGUAUACAUGGUUUUUGAAUUUGAUAAAAUUUUGGAAGACUUGAUUUCUGGGUAUUCGGCCACCGUUGCUAUAACCUUCUGUGGCAGUGAUUCUGGGUUCAAUUGGGGAUAGAAAAUGAGGUUGGGGACCUCGGCAGAGACCUCCUGGACAAACCCAGGUGGGCCGACGAAGUCGAGGAGGUAGAGGUCGCUGAUGUCAGAAAGAGGGAGGCUUUGGGUCGCGACGGGGCAGUAGAAGGUGAGAAGGAGAGCUUCCAUAAUCCCAUGGUUUUUGGGGGGUUUAUGGUAGAAGGUGUUUAUGAGAAUUUGGGACUCUAGAGUCUCAUUUAAAACAGUCCUUGAAGUUGCCAAACAUGGGAUUAGUGUAACACAAGCUAAUAAGGAUAUCCAAUCCAAUCCAAUCCCAUGAAACAAACAUAGCCUUAAUGUGCUGUUCUGUUCAUUGCAUACCAAAGCUGUCAUCGCAUAGAGAGUGGAUGCUUGUCACUUCUGAGCCGAAUGUGAUUCUUCUGAUGAGACUAUGACCUAAUGGUGUCUGCAGAGAGAGAGAGAGAGACCACAUCACUUAAA